CCUGUCUCACUUCGUCCGUUUCCGCUGCCCCAUCUUCUUUACAUUGGCAUCACUCUUUUCUUUUUUCCUCUUUCCAAAACCUUUUGCACAUUCUCUUUGUACUCUACUUUUUCUCCUCUUCUUCAUCUUUAUUCUUUCUGGCAAAAAUCAAAAACCACAGGUGAGAGGGCAAAUGGCAGAUUGGGGUCCUGUCUUAGUAGCAACAGUGCUGUUCGUUUUGCUGAGUCCUGGACUAUUGUUUCAGAUACCUGGCAGGAACAAGGUGGUCGAGUUUGGGAACAUGCAAACUAGUGGAGCUUCCAUUAUCGUCCACGCUAUUAUCUACUUCGGUCUCAUUACUAUCUUUUGUAUUGCCAUUGGAGUUCACAUCUAUGCUUCGCAAUGAUCUUAGAUUUUGUACCCUUAGUUUCUCAUUUUUAAUAGUUUUUUUUUUUUAUUAUUUAUGUUGAUGUUCUGGUUGUUUUGAUUUUGCUGGAUCUGUAAUCAAGGAAGCGAUGUCUUAAGUUAUAUAGUGUUUAAGCCUUUAUUCUCUUUUGGUUGAACUGUGAAAUGUUUUUGGGUUUGUAACUGAAUAGAAACGAAGCAUAUUUUUCA